AACUGCUCCUUUUUUUUCCCGGUGGCGCGAUUCUAAUCUCCGGCGACUUCUCCGAUUUCAUCGUCGCUAUGAGUAAAAGAGCCGCGGAAGAAAUGACUCCUUCAUUGGAGAGCAGUAAAACCGGACCAGACGUUUUUGGCUACUAUAGAACUCAAGUAGAAGAGCUCUUGUCUCAAAAAGAGAAGAUCCCUCAUCAUAAACAUGUGGAUACUAAGAAGUCUUCUACUGAGAUUAUAGGAGCUGAGUUGUCGGAUCUCAAAAAAGAGAAGUUGAAUGCAUUGUUAAGGCAGUGUGUGUUGGAUUCGACUCCAGAAGUUGAUGAGAUGCAGUCACGUGUUGAUUCACUGCAUCUGAUGUCUCAGUUGAGUAAUAAAAAACCGUCAACCUUACCUACCAAUGCUGAGUCUGUGAUUCCUGAGGAUCCUUCGUUUAAAGAGGUGGAAGAUGAUUUACAAUUACUUAUGAAGUCUGAUCCUGCUCUUGUUAAGGAAAUAGUGGGCAAACAUUCAAGUGAUCUACUUGCCAGAUUGAACGAGACACAGCAGCAGCUUGAGAAACUACUUGACAAUGUGGUAACCACAUGCAGACCUAUGAGCCGUGGAGAGAAGCGGGAUCUUCAGAGAUCAAUUAAGGAAUUACCUGGAGAAAAUCUUGAACGCGUUGCUGGAAUCAUCAAAAACCACUAUGUAGCUUUGGGCAAAGAAAUGCCUGAUGAUGUUUUCGUCAUCAACAUGGAGGAGGAGGACAACAUACUGCUUUGGAGAUUGCAUUAUUUUGUCGCCGCAGUCAAGAGUGCAAGGAAACUCGCUAGCUGAGUAGUACAGGUACAUAUAUACUCAACUCCUUGUCCCAGAUUGUGAGUAUAUAGGAAAUGACAAGGAGAAAACCUGGUACCCAUUGUAUUAAACUCGGGUUAUCUUA